AUUACUUCCGUCCGCUCGUUUAACACCAAAUACUCUCUCUUGUUAUUCUUUAGUCUUAGACUCUGAGUCUCUGAGAGUUGAGAGUCCAAUAGUCCAAUGGUGUCAGUCGGGUUUAAAAUGUCAACGGCAAAAUGAGAUUAUACUUUACUCUUAUUGCGACAAUUAUUUGUUCUUUAUGGAAUCGAAACAAAUGUUUAGUGCAUGCUAGCGCAAACAGAAGCGCUGAUCAAUUGGAGUACAGACCCGAAGGUCCUCUAGUUAUGUGUAAAUUUUUACCUAAGGAAUUUAUAGAAUGCGAGGACCCGAUUGAUCACAAAGGGAAUAAGACUGCCAAGGAAGAGAGCCAAGGUUUUGGCUGUAUCAAAUUUGGAGGAUCUUGGUAUGAGCAUGUGGAGAAAACUAAAGUAUCUUGUACAGUGCUACCAGAUAUUGAAUGUUACGGCUCAAGAACAUUUCCCCGCGAAGGUGUACCAUGCAUAAAAUACAGCGAUCAUUAUUUCGCAACAACUCUUCUGUACAGCAUUCUACUGGGCUUUCUCGGUAUGGAUCGAUUUUGCCUUGGACAAACUGGAACAGCGGUAGGCAAAUUAUUGACACUAGGUGGUAUGGGUGUAUGGUGGAUCGUUGAUGUUAUUUUGCUGGUAACAAACUCUUUACAACCAGAGGAUGGUAGCAACUGGAACCCAUAUGUAUAGCAUUUCAAGACUAAGUCUUUUUUUGUACAUAUAAUUUUUAGUUAAUCAUAAAUUUGUAAAUAUUGUUGUAAUUCACUGCUAUGUCUAUGUUGAUAUUGACUUCCUUUACAUAAAUCUAAGAAUAAAUGUUGAUUUCUAUUUAUUUAAAAAUAAU